AGUGUCCCCCGAGUGUCCCCCGGCCAGCGCCAUGUCCGAGCACCGUGCGGCCACCAAGGGCCGGCGCCUGGGCUCCAGCCGGCGCAAGCAGCUGCAGCAGGGCUCCAGGGAGGCCCCAGGGCCAGAGCCCAGCCCUGCUGAGGAGCCACCCUGGGCAUCUGAAGCAGUGCAGAGGGUGCAGCAGCUCCUCAGCAACAGGGGCACGGAGCAGGCGGGCGCUGUCACCCGCUCGGACCUGCAGAAAUUGCAGGAGGAAGGUUUGCCGUGCAGCAGGGAGGAGCUGGAGCUGGUGUUCGAUGGGCUGGAUGCUGCUGGCAGCGGGAGCUUGGGCACAGAGGAGUUCACUGCCGGGCUCCGGCAGUUCCUGAACUCCCAAAAAGCUGCCAGGGAGCACCGGCGGCGGAAGACGGCGUCACGGAGGGUCCGGCUGCUCCUCCCUGCCCCGGCCCUGGAGGGAGGGGACAGCGAGGAGCGCAGACGCUUCGCUGCCUUUAUGGAGCAGCUGGGCACAGAAAACCUCCUGGAAGAGCAGGAGAUCUGGCAGCUCUGGGUGAAGCUCCGGCAGGACGAGCCCCAGCUGCUGGACAACCUGGAGGAAUUCCUGGCCAAGAUGAGGCACCGCAUCCAAGAAGCCAGGAGCGAGAAGGAGGCUUUGGAGCUGGCUCUGAACAGGCGUGUGGCCGAGCACGACAAGGACGUGCAGCAGCUCUGCGAGGUGCUGGAGCAGCAGAUCCAGCAGGAGCAGCUGCGGCUGCAGCACCAGAGCACGGCCAGGAGCCAGCAGCACGGCCAGGAGCUGCAGCGAGUGCUGGAUGCCAGCGAGAGGGAGGUGCAGCGCUUGGUCACUGCUCAGAGGGAGCUGGAGCGGCGCUGCCACAGCCUCCACAGCUCCCAGCAAGUGACCAGCAGGGAAAACCAGCAGCUGGAGGAGAGCAACCGGGCCCUGGAGCAGCACCUGCAGCACCUGCACCAGCAGCUGCAGCACACCCAGGGCCACCUGAGGACCAUGAGGGCUACGGUGGUUUGGGAGCCCGGGGACAGAGUGGUGGCAGAGUUACCCAUCGAGGUGCCAUUGUCCCCACAGCUGAGUCCUGGGAAGAGCGAGAAGUUCCGCUCCGAGAUGCGGAUCAGGCUGGGGUCGCAGGGCAGCCAGAGCCAAGCCAGGAGCCCCCACCAAGUGGUUUGGGAAAUGCCAACAGAAAUAAACCUUUCAGGAGCCCCACGGAAAGCAAGCUCUGCAGAAGAAGACCCCUUCCCAGAACCUCUGAAAGAGGAAGGUGUCUCUGAGCAAAGCUCCUUGCUAAGAGAGAUGAAUGAUGCAAUAGCAGCUCUGAGCAAACAUCUGAAGGCAGAGGCACUGGGUGCACCCCCUGCCCUGGCAGACACUCCCUGGGACAAUGCUGAGCCCCAAACCGGGCCAGAGGCAGCCACAGCUCAUGAAACAACCCCUGGGAUCCUGCAGGAGACCCUCCCUGGCCAAGCCCAUCAUGAGCUGCUGGAAGGAGCCCUGCAGGAGGGAGCAGCCGCAGCUGAGCUUCGUGCUCUGGAUGUGACACAGGCUGAUGUGUGGCGGCUUUGUGCUCCAGGACAGGCAGCCCAAGGGGAGCUGCAGGAGCAGGUUUCAGCACAGGGACAUGAGGGGAGGCUUCACACCAUGGCCCAACAGCCAGAGGGGGAGACAGCAGCCACGAUGGAACCACAGCACACGGCUGCUGCACCUGCUGAGCGCCCAGAGCAAGAGGUGCCAGCAUCAACACUGCCCACAGUGCAGCCAGAAGGUGCUGGGAGUGAUCAGCUGGGGAUUGUCACCAGAGACAACUCACUGGGGCACAGGCAGCUCUUGGGAGAACAGAGCAAAGACCCCAGUGCUGGUCAGCGAGAGAAGAUGCAAGAGUUUGGUCAGAAAACGAGCCAGGAAGGCGAGCCCAGCCCAGGAGAGCCAGGGGCUGUGACUGCAGGCGGGGCAGGAGCUGCCACAAGGGGUUGUCCUAAAGCUCCCCUGGACCCAGAGCACCUCUACAAUGUGCUGUUCGUUGGGGACUCCCACGUGGGGAAGACAUCAUUCCUGUACAGACUGCACACCGACGCCUUCAACCCCCACCUCGCUGCCACUGUGGGACUGGAUUAUCAGAUCAAAACCCUCGUUGUGGAUAACAAGCGCUUUGCUCUCCGCCUGUGGGACUCAGCUGGUCAGGAAAGGUACCGCAGCAUGACCAAGCAGUUCUUCCGGAAGGCGGACGGGGUGGUGCUGAUGUACGACAUCACCUCCGGAUACUCCUUCUGCGACGUGCGCUACUGGCUCGGCUGCAUCCAGGAAGCAGCAGAGGAUGGAGUUGCUGUUCUGCUCCUUGGGAACAAAACUGACUGUGCUGCCCAGAGACAGGUCCCUACAGAGGAGGGAGAAUGCCUGGCCAGGGAGCAUCAGCUCAUGUUUUACGAGUGCAGUGCUGCCUCAGGUCACAACGUCUUGGAGUCCAUGGCCAGCUUCAUCAGGCUGCUCAAAAGUCGUGAAGAUGAAUUGAAAAAUAAGACAGAAGAGGUACCAAAGGCACCCCAGAAGAAAAAGGGCUGCUGCUGGUGAUGGACAGACACCCCACACACUGAUCAGAAACUGCACCAACAGCCAGAAAAGCAUAAAAAUGGUCCUUGGACACCUUCUGUUUUCCUGUGUGUCUUCCUUGCCUGAUCUCCUUUGGAUGCUGAGAACAAAAGCUGCUGUGGGGGACCCCCUGCCAUUCCCCCAGCCCUCCAAAAUACUUCUCAGGGAACUUCACCACUUUCUUUUGAAGACUUAAAAACAGGCCAAGAAAAGAGGCAGAAAAGGAACCCAGCUGAGUCUGAGGUACUGCAAAAGUACUGGAAGCAGCAGGGAGUAAAUUCAAGCCUUGGGAUAGAUGAAAUGAAAACCUGAAGCCAUCCAAAUGUAUAAAAUAAGGGAGUUUGAUGCUGUCGGUGCUCUGGGCUGUGGGGACUUCUGCUCUGGCUUUGCAAUCAGGUUGGAUUUGAUCAGGAACAAUUUGAUAUUCAAUAUAUUCUAAAUGCACUUAAAUCUCUCUAAUGAAACAAGGUAAAGCUAAUUUUUCCCUUCCCUGGCUUAUCUUGCCAGACAGCAGUGAUGGGGCUUGACAAAAACUACUGAGUAUUUUGCUCAAAAUAAAUUCUAAAGCUCUAAGAGCAUGUCCAGGAUAAGAAGAUAAAUGCUUGCAAGAGGUUUUUUUUCAUUGCAGCAGAUCUCAGGCUGGGCAGAGAAGAACAAGCUGCUGCAUCCUGCCCUUCUGUUCUUUGUGAAGUAUUGAAUUGGCUUUAAAUUCAGCUUGAAAAAUCUAAAUAGACAAAUGUCACAAUUUCAAGGGUGUUUUUGUUAUCUUUUCAUAGCUCGAUUUUUUGCAGAAAAAGAGACAUACAGACUAAAUGAAUAAGAAUACAAGAGCUAUAUUUCAGUAUUUUACAUGCUCCAUGUAAAUCCCAGCAGUUCAACAUAUACAUUUAAAGACUGAGUUUAGGGAAAUAAUUCUGCCUAGUUGGGUUUGCUUUUUGUUGCUAUUAUUGUUAAUAUGUACAUAAUGCCAAAGCAUAAUAGCAGCCAGUUUGUGCUUUAGAAAAAUACAAUGACAACAGGAGUUGGGCUUCUAGCAACACCAUAUAUUUUCAUUUAUAAUUAUAUAUCUUUUUAAUAUAUCAGUUUCCCCAGCCAGGGUCCAACUUUGCAGUGACUCUGGAAUUUCUGAGUCUUUUAAGGAUGAUUUAUUUCUCCUUCACACUCCAAUUUAUCACUCCAAUGCCUCUGUACCCCAAUUCUCCAUCCUCUGUGUCUCCCUCCAGCCCAUCUCAAGUAAUUUUCCUUUUGCCCCAUCAUUAAAACACUUCCUUUUCUUAAUGCAAUAUAUUUAAUUCUCCCAUUCCCUGUCUAUCCCUUUUUCUGUAUUUCUUUAUACAAUAUUUUUAGUGAUGGAGCAGCUCCUCAGGAAGGAUUUAUGUGGCUCAGCUCAGAACUGUUCCUGGGUUUGAUACUUGGGAUAUCUGGCAUGGCUUUUUCUUAUUGUUUGGGACCCUCUUCACUGUUUCUUCAUUUAUUUACAAAUAAUAUAAAUCCAAAUUUGAUCCAUAAUAAGAGAA